UGCCAUCUGAAACACAGUCAUUGGUGUCUAAAAUAUACUUAGACAGUACAUACAAACUUAGAAAAGUUGCAUUGGUUGUUCUUUGCCCUCUAAGCCACCAUGACUUUUGGUAGUAAUAUAGCUAUCAAUCAGAAUAUCGUUUAUUAAAAGAAAAGUUUUUAUUUACGUGCAGUAAGUAGUUCCUUUGGAUGGUUCCCUUUAAAACUUAGCAAGUUGUCUAUGUGAUUCCACACUGGUGCUAUCAUUCGACUCAUUUUUUAUAAUUCUGGUAUUCAUUAUCUUCAGAAUACAAGCUUAUGGCUGGUAAGGGUGGUGCUCAGUCAGUCACCAGUGAUCAUCAAUCAAAUGUGAAAUCCCAGGCCCAAGUCCCAUUUGUACAUCUUUGGCAGUAAUGCCAGAAACUCUGACAACCUGACCAAGAGAUUAUGUAGCAAGUUUGAGGAGGCUGUCACUCUAUGACAUAUUAUAAUCAUAUUUCUUAAAAAGUACUGUAUCAAGCUUGACUCAAAGAUGAUGACUGUUAUAAGUGCACUGACCAGAAAAUACUGAAGCAUUAUAUCUUCUUGAACAAUACUAAAUGUACUCAAAGACUACAUUGUCAAAAACAUGACCUUCAUUAUUAUAAACAUUUUAAAUAUUUCAGUUAAAAAAUUUACAGAUUGAGACAAUUUAGUUUGAAUAGUUCCAGCCCAAACAAUAUAAUGCAACUUCUGGGUAUAUGCAACUACAAUACUAAGGUGAUAUUAUAACCAAAUUGCUGUCAAACUGUAUCACAGCAUGAUAUAAAUAAACAAUAACCCAUAUCAUUGUCAUAUCUAUUGGGUGAACAUAAAGAUGUAAGAUUCUACACUUAAUAUUAUAAACCUGAUUAUCUGGUCUGAUUUGAAAAAAGUCAUGGUUAGGUACCUCAUUUACUGAGGAAUGUAAUAAGCUAUUUUUGUCUCGGUUAGCAAAAUAGGUCCUAAAGGACUGUAAACUGAAAAAUGAAGGAAAAAUGAAAAAUGAAGGAAAAUGUAAACUUUUUGCUUAAGAUUGGUGCAGCCUACUGAAGAUGAUGGUGGAAACCAUCCUGGAGUCCUCUCAGGACUUUGGUAUGUCUAACGGAGCGCUGCCGCAGUGGAAGCGCGAACUGCUACAGCGGCGCGCCGCGCGCAGUAGGCCGGCGCAGGCGCCAGCGCAGCCGCCGCCGCCGCCACCACCGCCGCCGCACGAUGAAGACGACGAGGAGCUGCGCUACGGGCCCGGCAUUGUCAAGCGGCUCAAGUCGCGCUAUCUCAGCUUAGCACUGCGCGAUGCGCCGCGCCGGCGCCCCUCAGUGCUGCGGCGCGCCGCCUCCCUCGAACACCUGCUGGAUGAGCGGCCUCCGCCCGCCCCCGCGCCUCGCACGAACCUGCGCCCACCGCGCCCUGCCUCCGUAGCCGUGCCGCCAGCUAUUCUACCUACCAAUGCCCGUAGGGACUCUGUAAAGCGUGCGCGCUCCGUAGACGCGCUGAGCCGCCUCGACACACGGGAAGAGCCCCGGGCACCGUCGCCAUCGCCACCGCCGCCAUUGGCGCCACGCCCGCCACCGCAACCUCGUUCGGCGCGUCCCCCUCGACGACCCACCCCUCUGUUGCGCGAAACUGAACGUCCUCCCCCAGACGUAGUACGUUCGACAUUACGAAAGUUCGAAAGUGCACCGACGCGCCGCGCUGCCCCUGCCGCUCGCGUGUCUGCAGUUCUUCGAGGUUUUGAAGGGCCACGAACUUCCACACCAGAACCUCGCGAAUCAUCAGACGCUCCACCGCUAAGCCCCCGAACACCUAGUCCAUUGCCGCCGGCCGAACCCUUGUCUCCCGUGCCGGUAGCUAUCACUAAUGAAGAGACGGAGAGUUCUCCAGAAGCCGUCAGCUCGCGGCAAGUGUCCAGGGCUGCGCUGGAUGGCAUAGCUCGCGCCGGCUCCACUGUGCGCUACGCAUUCGAAGCUCCUCGUGCGGCCUCACACUUGCCCCCACUAGCGGCCACCAAUCAAGUUCUAGUGGGGCGAGCGCGACGAGUCGGUGUAAUCCGCCCCAUGCCGGCACGUGCCACCGACUCCACCGCCGAUGAACCUGUCGAAGAGGCAGAUGAAAAGAAUUCCGAGCAGGCCACAAGACUUGCGUCUCCCUCCCCGACGCCGGCGGCUGAGUGCGAAAUAAAUUCGCCCGGUCGAUCUGAAAGAAGAGAACCUCCACCCGCAGCUCUGGUAGAACCGAUCCCGCGGUCGCCGGUCGAGGCAGUCCGCUCGCCGACCCCGGCCGCACCGCUCUCGGUGGAGCGCAGCCCCAGCCCGGAGCCAAAGCCUAGAGAUGUGUCGGAGUCGGUCGUCUCGCCGCUUGUGAACGGCCACGGGAUCUCUGAGCGUUCAGUAGACUCCAAACCAGGUGUGUCACGUAUCGGCGCGGCGGGCAUUGAGCGCGCGUGGAGCGGCUCGGCGGACAAGAAGCCGGAGAGCGCGGGCGGCGGCGCGGCGUGGGCGCGCGGCGGCGGCGCGGCGCGGCGCGCGCGCGGGCCCGCGCCCGCCUGCACCUCGGUCGUGUUCAACUUCUCCAACCGCAAGGAGGUGCCCGACUACAUCGAGAACGACGGCAUCAUCCUGCGCGCCUCCAGGAGAAACAGGAUCAAGCCGGGCGAGCCGGGCGUGGUGGUGCUGCGGCCGGAGGCGCUGGCGCGCGACUCCGACUCGGAGACGGAGCCGGACGGCGGGCCGCCCUCGCCGUGCGCCGUGCGCUUCGUCAACGACAACGUGCUCAUCGGCGGCCGCUCCUCCAUGCCCGCCAGGCCCAACAAGGACCGCAUCGCUAAGCUGAAGCUGCAGUUCGACGACUCGCUGACGCGCACGUUCGAGUACCCGUCGGAGACUUCGCUGUGCGAGGCGGCGCCGGGCGACGCGCCGCAGCCGGCCGCGGCGCCGCAGCUGGCCGAGUCGCCGCUGCACGCGCCGCUCGCCGCCAACACGCACAUCUCGUCGGCGGCACUGUCGCGCUACACGCCGCACAAGACGGCGGGCGCCGCCUUCCAGCUCGGCGUGACCCGGCGCGCGGAGGGCGAGGCGCGCGAGGCGGGCGAGGAGCCGGCGGAGGCGGAGGCGGAGGCGGAGGCGGGCGACGCGCGGCCGUGCGGCGCGGACGCGCGCUCGUGGAGCGAGGCGCGGACUCACGCCACGGACCUGCUGUUCUAGUCACACGUCGCAGGUCGUCGAGACUCCGGAUGGCAGAGACACGAGAGCGACGGCUCCGGCGCUGCAGCCUGCUCAAGUACUUCGCGUAGGUUAACGUGCAUCGAGUCAUAUCCGUAGGUGCCUGUCGAUACAUUGCUGUCGACCUACAACACGUUAUCACUGGUAACCACGCCCGACUGAUUAGCUGAUAACGACAACGCAACUUUUGACAUUUGGAAGCAUUUAAAUAUAAUUAUGUAUUUUAAUAUAAUAGGGUGUAGAUAUAAUUAGUUGAUACUAAGUCUAUGAGGGUGCAUAGACAAUUAUAGAAGCUGUGAGGCGUGACCGCGGGCUGCGCGGCUCGCCCUUGUAUUGUGAUCGCGCUCUACUCAUUCCAUGGCAUUCCUAAUUUGUACUGUAACAGUCUUUUAUUGACAAUUUUAUAAAAAUUUACAACAUUUAACUGAAUUGUUAUGACAAACAAACUUAAUGUAUAAUUGAAACAAAAGGCGUAUAUUUUUAUAGUAUUUCUUAUGGUAUAUUAUAAUGAAUGAAUAAUGAUACAAAAUGUGUUUAGAUUCCUUUAGUUAGUGAGUAUUAUUGUAACCGACAUCGAUAGCUAGGAGCUGUGCGGUGCCGCAGCACCGCAGCACCGCCGGCCGACACGUACUGGCCACGUUGUCACAGUGUCAUAAUUAUAUAAUAUUGUUUGUAACGCUUGCGCUGACCGCGGCGCAAGCGCAGGCCGCCCGGCCGACACUUGCCAAUGCCUAGUUAUAUCGUACUUUAUGCAUAUUAUGACAUUUAGGUGAUUCUUCAAUGUAGUAGUUUUAACUGAUAUGUACUAAUGCAAUAUAUUGCGAUUAUUCUUUGUAAGUAAACUCAGGUGCGCACCGGUGAGAUCUUGAUAGUGAUUUAUAAGGAACGUGUACAAAAGAAGUUAUAAUAUGUAAUCAUUACUAGUAGUCGAUAGAUGCCGAUGGUAGACGCUGCAGCCGGCGGACAGCCGGGCCGCGCUAUCGCAUCCUAUUAUACCCAACAUGUAAACAUUCUGAUUUGCAAUAAAACAUGGAACCGACUCAAA